AUGUCAUCAGAAGCUCCAAAAAGACAAUUCGGUGGUAGAAGAAGAGGAGGGCCAAGAAGAGGAAGAAGAGAAGAAGAAAAAGGAUGGACUCCAGUUACCAAAUUAGGUAGAUUGGUGAAGGCAGGUAAGAUUACCAGCGUUGAAGAAAUCUACUUGCACUCAUUGCCAGUUAAGGAAUUUCAAAUCAUUGAUUUGUUGUUGCCAGAAUUGAAAGAUGAAGUUAUGAAGAUUAGAUCUGUUCAAAAACAAACCAGAGCUGGUCAAAGAACCAGAAUGAAGGCUGUUGUUGUCAUUGGUGAUUCAAACGGUCACGUUGGUUUGGGUAUCAAGACCGCCAAGGAAGUUGCCUCUGCUAUCAAGGCCGCUAUUGUCAUUGCUAAAUUGUCAAUCAUUCCAAUCAGAAGAGGUUAUUGGGGUUCUAACUUGGGUCAACCACACUCUUUGCCAUGUAAGGUCACUGGUAAAUGUGGUUCCGUUACUAUUAGAUUGAUCCCAGCCCCAAGAGGUAAAGGUAUUGUUGCUUCCCCAGCUGUCAAGAAAUUGUUGCAAUUGGCUGGUGUUGAAGAUGUCUAUACCCAAUCUAACGGUUCUACUAGAACUACUGAAAACACCUUGAAGGCUACCUUCGUUGCUAUUGGUAACACCUACGGUUUCUUGACUCCUAACUUGUGGAAGGAAACCCCAUUGGUUGCAUCCCCAUUGGAAGUUUACGCUGAAGAAGCUGCUGCUGGUAAAAAGAGAUACUAA